UUACAGUUCGUUUUGGGAAGACAGGGACAAGCACUGCUAUCGCUAGUGUACCCUAACGGAGUACUUGGAGCUGUGUAAUGUUCGUCACGGUCGCGGUGCCUCCCUUCGCUCUUGCACCGUGUCGUUAGCUGGGCAGCGUUUUAGCGGCUUCCUCAUCCCCACCGCGUGUGUUAUCGCUGGCAGUGAGUUUCUGUGGUGGGUCGCUAUGGAUGUUCUGUGGAUGAUACCCCUGCUGCUGAUCCCGCUCCUGAUGUGGACCAGCAGCACGUUUGUUUUUUAUUUCAAAAAGUGCUUUUAUGUCGCCUGGAUGAUGUGUUUGGCCCUGGUUACGAUUCCUCUGUGUAUACUGAAAAGCGGGGGCAGAGACGUUGAAAACAUGAGGAUUAUCCGCUUCAUGGUUCGUCAUGUGAAGUAUUUCCUGGGUCUUCGAUUUGACGUGAGCGGCUGGGAGCAUCUGCAGACAGAGGGACCCUAUGUCAUCAUCUCCAACCACCAGAGCUCCCUGGAUGUUUUGGGUCUGAUGGAGAUCUUACCAGACCGCUGCACCAUGAUUGCUAAGAAGGAGUUGAUCUACGCCGGCACAGUGGGUCUCAUUUGCUGGCUGGGUGGCAUCGUCUUUAUCAACCGCAAGAAGACAAGCGAUGCCAAAAGUGUCAUGGCUGACGCUGCCCAAACCAUGUUGGACGACCAGAUUCGUCUGUGGGUGUUCCCCGAGGGAACGCGAAACCAGAGAGGCGACCUGCUGCCCUUCAAAAAAGGAGCUUUCCACCUGGCAGUGCAGGCACAAGUACCCAUCAUACCCGUCGUCUUUUCCUCCUACAGCAACUUCUACCUACGGAAAGAAAAGCAGUUCAAAUCAGGGACCAUCAGAUUGAAGAUCCUUCCAAAGAUCGAGACAAAGGGAAUGACGUCAGAGGAUAUAUCAUCCCUCUCUGAAAAGUCCUUCAACCUGAUGCGCUCUGCCUUCUUGAACAUCUCUGACUCCGUAACCCAGAGCAACGGGCCGCUGAGGCACUGAACAUUUACCAUGCUCCCGCCUCUUUUUCUCCUUUGUCCCUGUCUGAGACCCGUUCCUCCCCCAGACCUCCCCACUCUCCCCAGGUUGUCCCAUCACCUGGCCAGGAAACAACAUGACACAGGUCUCUUGUCAUGAAAUCUCUUCUUGUCUAGUUGACGCCUGGUCCAGUCCGCCUCUGGCCUGACCAUACAGCACAGUCAGUCCCGACCCUCACUGUGUCUGCAGCAGCAUCGGCAGCAGCGCUGCUCUGCACGCCGUGAGCGGAGUGACGGACGGCAAGCCAAACAGUAUGGAUGUGUGUUGUUCUUCAUGCAUGCCUUUUGGAUGGCUCUGUCCACCUUCAUCGUUGCUUUGAUCUCUGGCUUUGGAAGCCUGGCUUUAUUAUUGUCUUAUUUUAUCACCGUUUUGUACUUUUCUUUUGGCCUUUUUCUCCCUCUUUUUUUCUCUGUCUGCCUUCUGCUUAGCAGAUUUGCAUUUUCUCUUUUCUGCUCAUAACUUUCUGGAUAUUCACAUGUUCCUCUCAUGCUGCCUUUGUUUUAUUUUUCCUUGGACACACAAAUACAUGCACACACACACACACAUUCAAAGUGCCCCAUCUCCUUCCUUCCUUUCCUUUUAGUGUGUUCUCCCCCUUUCUGCAUUCCAGUCUCUUGCCUAAAGACAAAGGGAGCGGGGUCUCCACGAGCGGUGGAGUGCGUGGAGGUGAGAGGUUGACAGUGGUCGACCGUGGACUUCUUUGGUUCUGUCUCUUUGAAUUCAACUCUAUAUCCACAUUGGCUCUUCAACUCAAUGACCAAUAGGUCCAUGACAUACUUCAUGAUGUCAGAAAGCAAGGAAUUCAAGGUUACAAGAUACAGAGUGUAACAAUAGCACCCAUCUGUACUGAUUUAAUGGACUUAAGCGGACUGAUCAGUUUUCAAUGUUGUGCAUAGUUGGUGUAUCAUUGUGCAUUCUUUCAGUUUGUCUCUGCAGAAGAUUAGAAGCAACCUGGCAGCAUUGAGCAGCAAGUGUCUUCUCGCUUUGUUCUUUAUUUAUUUCUACAUCAGUUAAUUUUGUUUUUGUUUUUUUUUCACACAUUUUUGCUCCUCAGACGGAACUCACAAGUGAACCUAUUUAAGAUGUGUCAAAAAGGUGAUUUCAUAUGUUGUGCAAUGUCAAACAGUUUUUUAGCAUUACUGUUCCAAAGUGCAAGCUACCUGCUGUGCCAUGACAGAGUGUUUUUGGGAAGUUUCAGAUGUUAGCCCGUGAUUAUCUCACUAUGAGCCGCUUAGUGAGUCAACCAAUGACUGGUUUCACUUUACCAAUGAUAGAAGAUAGUUCUUGCUGUAAGGAGGAAGGUGACACGUGUAGAAUUGUGACUGAUUUUAUUUGUUCUGAUUAACUUCUCAGAUUACUAACAAACCUACUCAAGUCUACAUCUCAGACGAGUGUAAGGGUUGUCCCUGUUUGUGUUUUUGAAGUCAUUAUUAAAGUGAAUAACACUGUUUUAGUGAGUAAAAAGUUAUUACCUAACCUC